UGCACAACGCACAGCCAUCCAUGGAUGCCUGCCAUGGUGUUUCCCGCCGCAUCCCUUCAGAGUGGUUCAUUCAUGCGUCUUAGAACAUGACGCACUUGCACUCACACGCACACACACAUAAACGGAUGUAUGAACGAGUCCAUGCACUCACAUAAAGACACACAUCACAUCACACACAAUACACGCAUGCAUGUAUCAAGUCACGCACCAUGGAUGGACACCGUGACAUAUAUCACCAAUAGAUAAGACAGAUCUCCAAAAAAACACUCACUCACUCACACACACCGCGCACCAUGCACAUAUACAAGAGACACGCUCCUAGCGCGAGCACCCCUCGCCCCCUCCCUGCGGCCAGCCAGCGACGAAAAAGGUACCAGCAGUCAGUCACUCAGGUAGUCCACCACUUGAGCCAAACAAACAAAACAAACAAACUGAUGUUCUCUGAGCCAUGACGGUCGAUGGCUGUUGUCCAUUUGCCACAAUGGCCGCAUGCCAAUGGCCAACGACCUUAGCCCAAAAGACACACACACAAUUCCAAUCCGACCAAUCCAAUCAAAUCAGUCAGUCAGCCAGUCAGCCAGACAAAUGGAUCACCAGCAGCCAGCCGUCCCUGAUUGGUGUAGGGCGGCGGUCUCGAGAUGCAUAAAAACCAGCACCGACGAACAAACCGACCAAUAAUAUGUAUGUAUGAUAAAACCACAGCCACUCCGCGGGGAAAGAGACCACGGCAUGGCACGAGUGGGGGGAGUGUGGUGUGGUGUAUGCAAGUCAUGUCAUCCGGGCCAGCAUAGAAAAAGCUAGCUUGCCGCCCCAUGCACACACAUACACAUGCACCUUCACUCGCCUUCAGUGCCUCCACACACCAGCAAGCAGCCCACCCUCCCCUCCAGCCCGAUCCAGUCAGUCAGUCAGUCAGUCAAUUAGCGUCGUUGGCAUACAUACACAUUUGCAUGUUUGCAGCCAUGCAUGUCACGUCACGAACUAAACUCGCGUCCCCGCUCACUCGGUCAGGCCACAAACAUACAAAUCCAUGUAUUGUAUGUAUGCCGGGAUGUAGGUAUUUAGAAACGAAUGAAAAUCAGCCACCCAUAUACUGACUGACACCAGGUAUUGUUGUCUGCCUGGUGUCGGCUGUCGGUUGCCCCUCCCUCCCUCCCUGACUGCUGCUGCUGCCUCCGUCCGUCCGUCCUUUGUUGGUCCCCCCCGCUGGCUGUGCAGCGACCGACAGCCUGGCGUGAAUGGCGGCGGGUCACUCAUUCAUUCAUUGAUGGAACCGAUGGUCGUGGGUCGGUUGGACUGCCACUGCCCCGACUCCACUGGCCGCCUCUUUGCCGCCCAUCAGGCUGUCGCUGUCCCGCUCGUCGCUGACCCCCUCCAUGCCGCCCACUAUCCUCACGUGCGACCGCGGCCGCCCUCGAUUGAUCUCCAGGCCAUCCAGGCCACUAAGUCCGCCCCUCAAGACCGACCUUUCCAGGGGAGUGGCGGGCGGCGUAGCGCUGAGGGGUGGCGAGUUGCUGCUGCAGCGAGUGACGGCUGUGGUGGGUGUGGUGGGGCCGGCAGUGCUGCCUGUCUUGAUGGGGAUGGGACCCCAAUCAAACGAAGACGAGGAAGCAGCGUGGGGGGCUGCGACUCCAUUGCUUGCUGCUGUCGGCACACUUGACAGAUCCAAGUGAAGUGGCGCCGGCGAGCGGCCAACCUGACAAGACCCAGGCAACAAGGGACAGAUACCAGCGUGCUGCGCAUGUCUGGUGCCAGUCUGUUCCCACCGCGUCUUCAUUGACGGGCCUCGGUGUGGCCGACACAGACCGCUUCAAAGCGCCGGGGGACCCCCCACUGCUGCUUGCUGCACCCGUGUAUGGGUGGCCCACUGUGGAAGUAACGUGCGACAGCGACGCGGUACUCGGCGGGGCAGAGACGGGCCCAUGCGCGACAGGUGGCCAGGCGAGCGCCGGCACAUGGUAGGGGAGGGCACGAGGGGGCGGCCUACCAUAGGGCAGCAUGGGGGGACGACAGACGAUGUGGCUCAUCGGGACUGACGCAGCAGGUGAGUGGAAGGGGACCAUCAUCAGGCUGUGACGCUGCUCGUCCUCUCUGGAGGCCGGGCCGAACGAUGGGACAGGGAUGAAGAUGACGCCAUUGUAAGGCAUGGCCAGUGGCAUUUGGGGCACGGCCAUGUUGGGCAGAUGCACCGACCUCACGAGCACCGGGGGGACGAAGGAGAGCGAUGCGGGCGACUGGGCGGCCGGGAAGAGCCCUUGUGCGGUGAACCACUGGAUGAGUGCAGGGGGGAUGAUGGGUGCCUGUGGGAAAAAGUGACGAAGCUGAUGCGGCACCGGGGCUGACGACGAGGCACUCGACUGCCACAACACCUGCCGACAGCAACAGAAACGAACACGAAGGUACCUACUGAGGGGUCCGUGAUUGCCGCCGGCAUGUGCCCUUCCUUCCACCCACCCUGACUGACUGACCCUGCGUGUGUCGACCUCGAUGACGUAGAUCCUCCAGUCGGUCUCAAAACCCUGCCGGCCCUUGCCGUCACCGUAGUCGAUCUCAGCACACACCACCACCACCGAGUCGUCCACGGCAAACAGCACGUCAGCCUCCAGCACCAGAGGCGACCGGCCGCUGCCGCCUCUCCAGUCCUCAGGCCCGCCAUCCAGAGGCACAGGCACCACAGAGAGCAGUGCGCCGGCCCCGCCCCCCUUGCUGGUCGGUGACGUGUUCUCCACUGAGUAGAAGGCGAGCUCCAGGCAGGGCAAUGGCUGGAUCUCGUGUAUGUGGUCACUGGUGAGGCUUAUGGCGGCACCCAGUGCACGACCGAGCAGUGAUGUCUUGUCCUUGGUCUUCUUGUCCUUGGGCCGGUCCGUGUAUGUCGUGAGGGUCGGCUGCGAACACACGACAGCGACAGGGACGACGUUGCCCACAUUGGCCGCCAAGCCGUUGAGGGCCAACGCCCCGCGCCUGGUCUUCUUGCCGGUCGUCUUGUCACCCCCAUCCAUGGGGAUGGGCCAGGGCCGCUCCGGCGAGCUCGUGAUGGAGAUGGAUGCGAGGCAGUAAGGCACGGCGAGGGCGAAUGGUCCGCCCAGGGUGUCACGCUGGCGCAGCAUGGUGACAUCGUAGACGUCCACAUACUCGCCCGACAUGCGGUGGCUGACGAGGGUGCGGCAGCUGGGGGCAUACCUGACCACAUUGGGGACCAUGGUGCGGCUAUAUUGCCAUGUCGACACACGCGUGCAUGUCCCGGUGGCGCUGUCGAUCUCCACGUGCCAAUGGAAUCCGCUCCAGGGCCCACCCGGCCCGCCGUAGGCCAGAAAGGAGAAGGCAGGCGGGUCCGUCAGCACCCCACCGCCCACCCAGCUCAGGCCGAAGAAAUGCAAGCCACCUCUCUCCCAUGUGGGUCGGCGAAGGGAUGUCAUCUGCUUGCACUCAGCAGCUGUAACCGGCGAUCGGGGGCUCGUGGGAGUGCUCGUGCGCGAGAGCGGGCGGUGCUGGGGGGCACUGGGGUGCGACUGCGGGGUGAAGAUGCGCGCCAAGGCCGACAGCCCCAUGGCGCCGAAGCUAUUGCGGCUGGCGGUCUGAGAGGUGCGACGAUCGGGUGUGCCCACAUCCUCCCAGCCCCUGCUGUUGGUGCUGCUGCUGGUGCUGCUGCGGGUCUCCCGCCAUGUGCUGCUGACCGACUGGUGGUCGGGGUAUGGGGAGGCCUUGACGCGUGUCUCCAUGAGGAGAUAGACGGGGCUGUCGCCGUCGACUCCCAGGCAGAAGAUGAGGUUGGGAAACGCGUGAUGCACCAGCAGCGAAUGGGGCUGCAGUCUUCUCAGCAGCCGAGGGCCCAUGGGAGUCGACAAGCCGAUGAGUGUGGGUCUGAAGGUCGGGGGACGUGAGGGCUCGUCACCCAGCGGCUGGGCGGGCGGCAGUGACCGGAUCGGCGGGGAGGGGAAGGGCGGAUGGGGCAGCGAGGGAGACACCGAUGGAAUGCCGACGUGAGGCACAUACGACACCGUGUCACGGCCAUAUGGGCCAUAUGGAACGUCUGCACAGUACAACACACACACACACAAGCCAUCCAUGCAUCCAUCCAUCCAUCCAGCACCCACGUGAGGCUCCCUCCUUCCUGCCCUGCCCUGUGGCUCCCUCCCCCCCCCCUCCCUCCCUCCAGCGUACGUACAUGAGUGGUUAGAGUGCAGACUGGUGAUGGUUGAAACGGUGGUGGCCACGGGCGAGUAUGAAGGCGUCCGCGAGUGCAUCAGUGGGGAGGGCGUGAACGACGGUGGGGGCGACACGGGCACGUAAGACGGGUUGAAGGGGCCAACAGGAAGAGGCACGUACGAACCUGACAGACAGUAAACCAUCACACAGACACAGACAGACAAAUGCAUUCAUCCACCUGGAGAAAUCAUGCAGAACACUAUUCUGAUGCCAGUUACCUACCUCCGGCACCGCCCGCAGAAUCUCCUGGCUGCCGCUGCCGAAGCAUUGACAGUGGCACCUUCCAUACGCCGAUUUGCAUUUGUCCUGGUGCGUCUUCGGCCCCAUCGGUCUCAGUGCGGCAGACGGCGGCCAUGAGGAGGUACCCCUCGGCGCCAUGGUGGGAAGGCGCCACCAGUGUGCCCGCCAGCCAUUUGUCCGAUCCCGUGAAGAAGAGCUGGUCCUCGUGUGUCGACAGCUCCAUGAGUGUGGCGGCUCCCAGGGACUUGAAGACGAAUCGCCUCUUGCCGUCGGCAAAGAGCACGAAGGGGUAGUCCGGGUGGCUCAUCAUGCCCAUGUCCGUCGCCACCGGGUACAGGCCUUUGGACGGCACUGUCCAUCCCAUGUGAGGCCUCUGUGGCUGGAGCACGAGGAACGACCCGGUGUGGCCCGACAGGUCGGCCCAUUCACUCGUGUCGUCGGGGUUGCCCUCCCUGGCCGCUGCUGGGUUUGUGAACCAGAAGGGCACACAGAAGGUGGCAGGGGGGCGCGCCGGCGAUGUGUGCGGGGCGACCAGGAUCUGGCUGGCGGACAUGAUGGUCGCGUCGCGAAUACCGUACUGACGGGCACGGAACGCCUGAAACCAACGAGCGACCCACCAGUGAGAGAGAGGGCAAGCGUAUCGGUCUGUCUGUCUUUGUAUGGUAUGAGAGCACCUACCUUGAGGAGGUUGAAGCAUCCGUUGGCGUACGCCAUGUGUGUGAGUGUGAGUGCCUUGCACAUCUGCCGACAUCUCUGCGGGCCGGACGCCACCUCGGGGUGGUGCUUGCGGUACUUGUGCAGCACCUCACUGGUGUACCGCUCACACGCGAAGCGACCCCACACGGCCGCGUCAGCCUCCCGCACACCACGCAAAAGUGCGCGCGAUGUCAGCUCCAGCGGCCGCGACUCGCGGGGAUGAGCUAUGACCAGCUCGGCAACCAGGACGGCCACCCUCGGCUCGGGGAAGACCGCACACCGCGACGCUCCUUCGUCAGCAGGCAGUGAUGGUGGUCCCUCGUGGCAGCUCUCCCUCUCCUCGGCCUUGGCGACCCCAUCAGAGCCGCUCGUGUGGCGGCGGCUGUCAGAGGCCUCCUUGGUGUGUCGACGGAAGAGCGACAGAGGCAGACUGCGCUUGCGCUGGACGGGAUGGUGGUGUUGCUGCUGGGAUUGGUUGUGGCCCGUGCAGUCGACGUCCGUUGCGCUGUGUUUGAGGCCGCCUCGCCUCCUGUGCAGCCAGCGGAAGUGGGUCUGCAUCUUGGGCAGCGACACAGCCGGCCUCUCACUCAUCCUGCCUGCAACCACACAAACACCAGUCACUGGGACACCACUGUGCUUUGCUUCAUCUCGGCCGUCAGCUUGCAUACCUUCAACGAUAAUGGUGCGGGCGAAAAAAUGCCCCUCAGCUCGCCAGCGAUACCCUAACCCCAGAAACCCUAAAGCCUGGACCACGGCCUUUCUCUCCACUCUUCCUUCCUUUGGUCCGUCCGGGCUGCACAGGGGAGGCCUGGGGGGGCUGUGUGUGGCAGUGGGUUGUGGGAGUGGUGAUGCAGCGCGGCGGCUCGCUGAUCUCGGUCCUUUCCCGACGACCAU